AUAUGAUGUUGGCAUCCUUGUGCACAUAAUGACAAUUGACACGCGCCAACUUCGUUUUUUAAAACUUUGAAAAAACAGUGAGCAAAAUGGAGCCAAAGUCGCCCCCUCAAGACACAAAAAUUGAGUUAGAAGACCAAUUUAUCCUUCGCCUGCCUCCAAAUAUGGCCGACUUUGUUCGUACAACAAUGGCUACUAAACCGAAAAAACUUCGAAAAAAACUAAAAAUUGAUUUGGAUCCGGAAUCUGGCAAUGGAGUUGUUCACGUCGCGGGGAAGCCCCUAGAAGCCCGCUUACGUAAACUGCCCACAAUUAUCGAGUCGCUUAAAACGUGCAAUAGGAAAGUUUGUGUCAAAACGGCUGAUAUUUGCCAGAUUUUGGACUGUAUUAACUACAAUGAGGGCUCUGAGUGUGUCCACGGCCUGACGCCCCCUUUAAAGAACGUGAAAUUGAAGAGGUUUAGGAAAUCUAUGAUAAAUAAGGAUGAGACGGCUGUGAACGUGCAGAAAGAGCUGUUUUACUUGCUUCAAGCCGACUUGGAGGCGGUUUCCACAAAAUUUGAAAUAGUUUACUCAAAUACCAAGGAAAGCCAAAUAAAACAUCAGGAAAAAUCGGAGAUUGAAAUAUUUGGAAACGUUUUAACUGACUCGGCAGAGGAAACCGAAAGUAACGUGGAAGAUGUCGAAUAAUGAUUGGUUUUUGUUUUUAUGAGCCAAACUUUUGUUUACAAUUACAGGAAUCUGUAUUUUUUUAAGGAACUAACUUGUGUUAUAGUUUUGUUACGUACGAUUAGAGUCGUCACUUUCGUUUCGUUUUUGAAUGCAAAGCGUACAGACAUUGUUUUACAAGUGAAAUAAUGUUGAUUUAAAACUUGAGGAUUUGUUAUUGCAGGAAUCUGCAAUUUUUGUUGUAUCUUUGACGACUAAAAUAAACACAAAAUCGAUGACA